AACACCCCUUUCAGAUUAGCUAACUUGGGACAGUUUUUAUUAUUUAUUAUUACUUAUCAUGUGAAAUUGUUUGGCGCUAGAGAGAACAUGACAAAUGUUAUUUAUAGAUGGAAAAAUAAAAUGUGUUUGUCACUGAAAUAAAAAAGAACUGUAAAAUAUAAAACUAAAAUAAAAAAGAACUGUAAAAUAUAAAACUAAGAAGGUAAGUGUCAGCUACAGCCAUAGACUCUAAAAAAAUAUGGACGUAGUGUCCGUGACGUCACCCAUAGACUCCGGUUUUAAAAGCUCAAAGUGUGCAGAGAAAAAUAAAAAAUAAAUAAAUCAAAGUUUGCAGAGCAGGCCAUCGCCAUCUUGGCAGCGCGUGACCGCGCGACGGAUAAUCGAAAAUGGGCCAAAAGGCGGGAGCUGAUUGCUGAGGCCACGCCCACCUAGCGCGACGGCAUUGUCAGCAGCGGCAAUCCACCUGUCAAUCAAGUGGCCACGCCCUUAAUUAUGCAGAACUUUAAGUCUUAAUAUAAUUUAAACGGAUGAGUUUUUACAAAAUUUACCCCCCUCACAGUUGUCAUGAAGGGCAAAAUUAUUAAGACCAAAAUCAUUUUUUGAACCAGGCUGUAAACGUUUUUUUUUUUGCUGUAAAGUUGGGCAUUUUAACAUGGGAAGUCUAUGGGACUCACUCCCUUUUGCAGCCAGCCUCAAGCGCCCAGUCGAUGAAUUGCAGUUUUUGUCACUUAAUUGGCUUCACGAGAGAGAGCGCGAGGUUGCUGCUCGGCUACAGCAGGCAUGACACUGCAACGGUACGUGCAUGCGCAUUUGCGCGUGUAUUCGCGGGCGCGCUCUCUGCUUCGCGGUUAAAAAGUCCGUUGGUCUCUGCAGUCGAUCUUUGGGCUUACUGAUUAGAUCCACAGGAAAAUUUCUGAAGGGGUGAACUGAAGAAAAAGGUGACAUGGACUAUUACAAGCAUAGCAAUUUAAGGAGGAAGGCUAGGAAAAGAGUGGAUAAUUUAAUGCAAAAAAUAGUCACUCUGCCAUCUGGUAAAGAAGGCGAGAGCAUUAACCAGCAUCUUGAAAGUCACAUUGAUGAGCCUGAGCUUAAUAGGGAAGGAUGUCAACAAGACAUGCAAGAACCCCCCGAUAGCCUGAUUGAAGAGAUUGUGCUCAAUAGGGAAGGAUCUCUUGAUAUGGAAGACAGCAUUGGCUGUAAUGGUUCUAGCAGUGUGAAGAGCGACCAUGAAAUUUUAUUGGGCAGCUUAGGUGACUGGGCAGUUAGAUUUGGGGUGUCUUUGGUGGCUCUGUCAGCCUUACUGUCAAUUCUUAGGAUAUACUUUCCCUUCCUGCCAAAGGAUGGAAGGUCACUGCUUAAAACAAAGACAGACUACAAAUUGGAGAUGCUUGCUGGUGGCUCAUUUCACUAUUUUGGUAUAGUGAAUGUCGUCCAAAGAAAGUUCACCAGGUUAUUAUCCUCUUUUCCAGAAGGCUAUGAAUUUCUUUUACAGCUAAAUUUUGAUGGAUUACCUCUUUUUAAAAGCUCAUCCAUUCAGUUUUGGCCCAUUCUGGGUAAAUUACCAAGACUCUCCAAAAAGCCUUUUGUGAUAGCAUUGUUUUGUGGGACGGCAAAGCCCAAAACACUGUCUGACUAUCUAAAACAUUUAGUUCAAGAGUUGAAAAGCAUCAGUACUGGCUUUGUUUGUCAGGGCAAAACAUUUCUCUUGAAAGUUUGUUCUGUUAUUUGUGACGCACCAGCAAGGGCAUUUAUCAAAGGUAUCAAGUCCCACACUGGAUAUUAUGGCUGUGAUAAGUGCUUACAAAGAGGAAUAUACACAAAUCACCGUAUGACAUUUCCUGAGCUCACUGCUGCAUGUAGAACAGAUGAAUCCUUUAGAUUAGAAGCAAAUGAAGAUCACCACCUUACUCAUUGUCCUCUGGUAGAUACUGGAGUUGAUAUGGUUGCUGGUUUUCCCCAUGAUUACAUGCACUUAGUGUGUUUGGGUGUUAUGAGGAGACUUCUUGAACUGUGGGUUGGCACUGCUGGCUCUUUGCGCACCAGAAUUUCGUCUUUGCAAGCAUCCUUAAUCUCUGAUAAACUUUUGGCAUUAGCACAUCAUAUUCCAUCUGAAUUUGCAAGGAAACCUCGGGCACUCAGUGAGAGACUGAGGUGGAAAGCAACAGAACUGCGCCAAUUUUUGCUGUUCACUGGUCCUAUAGUUUUGAAAGGUGUCUUGCUGUCUCAAGUGUAUGAUAACUUCAUGCUUCUUUCUGUUGCUAUCUAUAUUUUGGUUAGCCCGCAGUAUUGUUUACAAUUGAACCACUUGGCUCAUCAUUUUCUUGUCUCAUUUGUGGAGCAUUAUGGCUUGCUAUAUGGUAAAGACCAAGUAGUGUACAACAUUCAUGGGUUAGUGCAUCUUGCUGGUGAUGUGAAGGUACAUGGCCAUUUAGAUGGUAUCUCUGGCUUCCCUUAUGAGAAUUUAUUGGGUGAACUUAAGAGAAUGAUAAGGAAAGCUCACAAUCCUCUACCACAGGUUAUACGCAGGUUAUCUGAACAUGAACAGAGGGGCUGUGAUUUUGAUUCACCCAUUGAGCAGGAACCCUUUUUAAAAUCUCCACAUCACGAUGGGCCAGUACCAGAGGGCCUUUUGGAAAAUAUCAGUCAGUUCAAGCAGUUGAUAGCCGAUGGUGUCACUCUAAAAACAUCAAGUAAAGAUGACUGCAUUGUCAUUGACGGGAACGUUGUUUCUGUGCAAAACAUAGUUAGUCAUGAAGACAAAGUGUAUGCCAUGUACCAGGAGUAUAGAGUCAAAGAAGCACUUUACAGUUACCCACUCGACUCAAGGGAACUGGGAAUAUACAUCGUCUCUCAUUUGUCUCCUGUGAUGCACUGUGUAGAGAUGGUUAAGCCUGUGCAAAAGUGUGUGCGGUUGCCCUUGGGAGACAAGUUUGCAGUGUUCCCUCUUCCUCACACAAAUUAAUCUGAAGCACUUGUCUAGUCUUUGUACAAAGUGUAUUAUAGUUGAUCGUUGUAGCAUCCUUUUAUUUAUAAUAUCUUUAGAGUUUUACUGGCUAAUCAGUUUACUUUUUUAUCAGGAGAUGUUUCUCAUUGUUAUUUUUGAAUCUACUAAUGAAGUGGAAGUAGUCCCUGACAUUUGGGUGAAAAAUAACACCUGUUUGUGGCCACCGUACAAACGUGAAGAAACUGUAAAAGCAGUGAAAUCACAGGAACCACCUGGAGCACGUUGGAUUCCCUACAAAGUACGCAUCAUAUUAAGCAAAGUUACAUAUGAAGAAGCAAGACUCAAACUGCCAGAGGCUGAACGAUUCACAGAUUUGACAGAUUCAGAAGACUCUCCACUCAAACGUAGACGGAGAAGAAUGAAGAAGAAUGUAGUCCUUGAAGAGGAAGACAGUGAAAGUGAGAGGCA